AUGGCGAGUAGGGGCCGACCACUGCUGACGGCUGUGCUGAACGGCAGCAAGAGUGAGGUGAAAUCGCUGCUGGAACAGGGCGCGGACCCUGCAGAGGGUGACGUGAUGGGCCGCAACUCUUUCCACCUGGGGGCAGCGUACAGUCGUGACUCUGCAGCACUGCAGCUCCUGCGAGAAAUCGUGGAGGUGGCGCGGGCGGCGUGGGCGGGGGGACCAGAACCAGGGGCAGCAGGAGCGCCGCAGCAGGCAGCGGAGGCAGAGGCGGUGUCCGAGUUGGGGGACGAGGUGAGGGCGGCCGAGGAAGGGGGGUUGGUGGAAUGGGGAUGGAUGUCGUGUGAGGCGGGUUCGGUGGAGACCUCUUCUGGCGCAGCAGGGCCAACGGAGACUGAGGAGAUGGUGGCAACUGUUGAUCCACUGCAGCACGUGGAGGCGGUGGCUGUAGCGUGGGGCGCGGAGGACGAGCUGAUGCAGUGGACGCCACUGCGGUACGCUGCGGAACGUCGGCGCUGGAGAGCAGUGGUUGCUCUCCUGGACAUGGGUGCCGAGCUGCACCACCUCGGAGACUUCCAGCGUGACCAGCACGAUCCUGAAGAGCUGUGGGAUAUUUUCAACAGAUACGGCUACAGUGCGCUGUUUCGUCACGUACUUGACAAGAAGUACAAGUCGAUGUGGAGUUCCCAGACGGUGAAAAAGCGAGUCGAAAAGCAUUUAGAGGCUGGAGUGUCUGUCGUCUGUGCAGGGAUGUCUUUAGACCAGUACAAUAAAAUUCUGUCUGAAGGCACAAUCCAAUUUAAUUCUGUGCCUACAGUGUCUUUCGUCGGUGAAGGGAUGUCUUUAGAAGAGUGUAAUAAAAUGCUGUAUGAAGGCGCAAUCCAUUUUAAUACUGAGAUCUUGAAGCUACUUACGUUUAAAGUAGUAGACAUGAAGAGAAAGUCAACAACUGUUGAGUCUCCAGCAUUGGAGAUGCACCAGGGUGCCAGUGGAAGGAGUCGACUGGACAAGAGCAGACGGGUGCCUCUUCGUGAAGAGAGGUUUGGCAACAGCGCACUCCAGCAGCUGACAGCAGCAGGCGAUGGAGUCGUGCGCGUCAACUCAGUUGGUGAGGCGACGUUGCACGAAGCGGCAAGAAGAGGCGACUGCGAACGUGUAAGGCAACUGAUCGGAGCCGGAGCCGGCGUCAACGCGCAGAACAAUCGGGGUGAAUCAGCAAUACAUUUGGCAGCAAAAUCUGGUAACGUGGAAUGUAUAAAAUUGCUGCAUUCUGCAGGUGCUGACGUCAGUUUGAGAGACAAGAAAGGCAGAACUCCGCUGCACUGUGCGGCGGCGACCGGCAGGGACCAGUGUGUGGAGCUACUGCUGGAGGCUGGCGCAGACGCCCUCGCACAGGACUCCGAAUGCUGCACGCCACUGCACGUGGCAGCCAUCAGGAGGAACGCAGACUGUGUCAGGUUGCUGGCCAAUGCAGUCGAAAACCUGGAGUCGGCAGAUGCGAAUGGCUUCACAGCGCUGCACUAUGCUGCACGGAAUGGCGACGAGGAGUGUUUGGAACACCUGUUAAGUGCAGGCGCUCACCACAGUCCAGUGAGUGACACCCUGAACACACCUCUGCACCUGGCGGCGGACAGAGGUAACGCAGAGUGCGUGAGGCAGCUGGUGCAAGCGGAAGCGGACGUGACGGUGAAGAACGCUGACGGUUUCACCGCGCUGUACUUGGCCGGACGGAGCUGCAGCCCAGACUGUCUGAGGCACCUCCUGAAAGGAGGCGCAGACAUCCGGGAGAAGGACGGUUUUGGUAGGACACCGCUACACUGGGCGGUGAAAGGAGGCUCUCCAGCAUGCGUCAGGGUACUGCUGGACGGAGGAGCUGAUGUGGAUGAGAGAGACAACAAUGGUGCCACUGCUCUGCACGAGGCGGCGCGCACAGCCAGGCCCGAGUGUGUCAGGGAGCUGGUGGGCGCGAAGGCGGACGUGGCAGCGAGGAACGCCGACGGAAAGACGGCGCUGCACUUGGCCGCGCAGGUCGGCUACCCCGGCUCUGUGAUGGACCUCCUCGAGGCGGGCGCAGAUGUCCAGGCGAAGGAUGAUGCCGGUAGGACACCGCUACACUGGGCGACAAAAGGAGGCUCUCCGGCUUGCGCCAGGCUACUGUUGGAGGCAGGAGCUGAUACGCACCAGAGAGACAACAAUGGUGAUACACCACUGCAGUUAGCCUUCGUUUACAGUAACAAUGAGAUUAUGAAGAGUAUUUGGGAUUCUGUACUGAAUGUGGGAGACCGUUGCUCGAGCCCAGGGCAGGCAUCGAACGAGUGAAUCAAGAUGGUCACAUGGCACCCUACUUUACUGCCGGAUCUGGUCGAGGAGAGUGCGUCAGGCUAUUGUGUGAAGCUGAGACUUACUCUGAAACAGCAUCGAGCAGUUGGUGUCCGUGACACAGCCAAUAUUCACGUACAGAAUGUCGAGGGCGUCACUCCACUGCACUAUGCAGCACGUUCUAGUUCUAUGCACUGAGUAAAAAAUCACCUCGAGGAUGGAGCAAUAGUUUGAGUAAACGACAAGUCUCGUAUCACAUUUCUACAUCAUGCUGCCAGCUAUAGUGGCGCUUUUUUAGAUUGAUUAGAUUAGAUUAUUCUUUCGUUCCAUAGAUCCGUGAUGAGGAGAUCCUCGUGGAUGUGGAACAUGUCAAUUUUUUUUAAAAAGGUGAAAUGAUAAUACUAAUAGUAUGAAUAUAUACAUACAUCAUUUGUUUCUAUUAAAAAAUUCGUCAAUGGAGUAGAAGGAGUUGGCCACUAGUAAGUCUUUCAGGCUCCUUUUAUACUGAUCUUUAUUUGUAACUAAAUUUUUUAUGUUUGCUGGAAAAUUAUUGAAGAUGUGUGUUCCUGAGUAGUGGACCCCUUUUUGAACUAAAGUAAGUGCUUUUAAGUCCUUGUGCAGAUCUUUUUUGUUCCUGGUAUUGUAUGUAUGAACUGAGCUGUUUGUUGGAAAAGAGAUAUAUUAUUUUUUGUACAUUUCUCCGUGUUUCCCACUGGCAUAAUAUAUCUAGAAGUAUGUUUCCUGUUUGGUGAGGAAAGAUCGAGGAUAGUGAUUUUUGUUACACGUCUGCUUAAAUGAUUUGUUGUGAAAGUUUUACUCAUGAUUAUUUCCUUAUUUUAAUACUUCGUUUUGGACGACACACCAUAGCACUCAGAUACUGAAAGACAAAAACGGUUCUAUAAAAAUGUUAGCAUUGUCACCACAUUGGCUCACGGCAUACAGUCCUCAACAAAAAGUAGUAAACACUUGCCUCACAACGACAGAAAACCCGCCGCUAACCACACAGCUCAGCGAUAUAUUUUGCCACACUAAGAUAUUGUUUGAGAUCGAUAUAUACAAAGACAAUGUUAUGCGUAAUUUAUAACUCUGAUAAUUGACAUUAUAAAUUUCGUAAGUAAUCGUAGAAAAAUUGUAGAGGAAACA